CCCUUCACCCCCCGAGAACAACGAAACAUUUCUUCAAUUCUUACCAUCUUAAUUUUAUUCGAAAAGGAAACUUCAAGCCAGCUACUCUUGUUUGUUUGGGUUACCUCUUUUCUUCAUCUACUUUACGCUCCUUUCAAUCGGUUUUCAUUCACCAAGGGUUCCCUGAAUCGUCCCACCGAGUACACACACUCCACUACUACCACCACUGCGUCAAUCCCGCGUUCCACAGACCACUUCUCGAAAUCCCCAACCACCACCACCACAACGACCCCAAUCCCCUUCCCGAACAGCACCACCCAAACAUCCCCCACCACCCUCACGCAAACGCGAACAAAGUCGAAAAACGACACACCUCCCAACAAAGGACACAACCUCACAAAUUCACAAGAAAGAACCUACAGACACGCAUGUGCGGUGCGUAAGGGAGGGCAGCUCCACGCGCGACGUGAAGGGACGACGACGAUACCCACUACACAAUGGCGUCACCUUUGCCAGACAAGACUAAGCCGCGGCCGGAGAAGGGGAUGAUUCUUUUGGUUAUUCACGACUUCAUCGCGCGCGGCUCCGAUGAAUUGACACUCACGCGCGGCGACCGCGUCGAAUUGGUCGAGCGAGAUGAUGAUUUUGGGGAUGGAUGGUAUCUCGGGAAACAUCUCACGAACGGCGCGACCGGGCUCUUCCCUGAGGUUUAUACCAAGAUAGCGCCACAGGGUCCGCCGGUUGUUACGCAGAUGCCGCCGGUGGCUGCGGCGGUGACCCCUACACCCGUGCUGGCACCGGAACAGACGACGCCUACUGCUGAGACGCCGGCACCUGCACCUCUUGCUGCGGCGGCACCGGCGCCGGUGGUGCUCGAUACGAGGAAUUCGGUGCCGGUGGAGGAGGCGACGAAGACGACGCAGUUGGAGAGACAUAUUAGUGCAUCGCAGGUCUUGGAUGCCGGACCGCCAUCACCAUCACCGUUGAACACGCCGCAGUCUGCUAGCCAGACAUACGCCACCGAGGAGACGUUACCAACAGUCGUCGAGCCGAUUUCAGCAGUACCGAAGAGCGUUAUCUCGUCUGCGGUUUUGCCGGGGCUGGGCCAGGAUAGCAGCCCAGUCAUGAGCGAGACGCUGAGUGUGAUCCAGGAGCACAUUUCGAAUAUGAGCACGCCUCGGAACAGCGGUGGGGGGAUUGCAGAGAGGAGGGGAACGAAUGACUCGGGGAGCGAGUAUAGUAGUCAUAUUGACAGGAGGGCGUCGUAUAUUAAUGGGUCGGAGACGGAUGAGGAGGAGGCGAGGGAGUUUAAUCGUGCGGAGGUUAGCAAGUGGACUGCUGCGCAGGUUGCUGAGCAUCUUGCGGCUGCGGGGGUGGAGCAGGCGCAUUGCGAUGUGUUUCGUGAUCAGGAGAUCUCGGGAGAUGUGCUGCUGGGGAUGGAUCAGAGUACGAUUUUCUUGAAGGAGUUUGAGUUGGGGCCGGUGGGGAGACGGUUGAAGACGUGGCAGAAGAUUAAGGCGCUGCAGGAUGAGGUUCAUGGGGUUAUGACGCCUUCAGGGUCGAGACGUGUGCCGUCUAUCUAUGGGAGUGAGAUGGGUUCGGAUGGUGGAGGGACUAGGAGUCAGUACUACAGCGGAACCACGCGGUACUCCUCGCAAAGACAAACUGGACGCCUGAGUUCGAUGGGCCAGACUUCAAUUUAUCCCGAGGACCAACAAAGACCGGCGCUUGGGCAGAGUCGUCCGUCUGCGGCGUCUAUCCGAGAAUUUAAUCACUCCCGCCGACACUCAUCAAUCGAUUCCCCCACGCUGCUCAACCAAGCAGCAAAGUCCCCAGACGGCCCGCAAGUGACAACACCAACCAUGGCAUCAUCAGGCCACAAAAAGCUCCCCUCCUUCGACCGCAACUGGACCAUGGGCGACCAACCCCCCUCCGCCGGCAUGCGUCCCGCCUCCCAAGCCGGCGUGCACCCAGCAGCCAGCGACGAGGCCUUCCCCGCCAUCACCAGCACGACCCCCUACGAGUUCGACCGGGGCUACUUCUCCGGCACGGAAGCCGAGGGCCGGACGAAGAACGUGCUGCGCAAGCGGACGGGGUCGCACUCGCGACAGUCGAGCUAUACGGAUGAGCAGAGGCUGAGGAGCGCUACUACUGUUAAUAGGCAUUCGAGGUUUGGGAGUAUCGAUUCGUUGCAGCAGCCGCAUUUGUCGCCGGCGGGGCAGAAGUAUUAUGGUGUUGCUGGGGCGAGGAGGACGCCGUCUGUGGGGUCGAUUCGUCCUGCGCCGCCGCCGAAGGAUACGCCGUCGCCUAUGGUCACGAAGCUGGAUGGUAUUCCACUAGCUGGUACCUCGAAGACUGCAUCUGGUGGUAGGGCGGCGGAUUGGUUCAAUGCAGCAGCGGGGCGUGGAAGUGGUUUCAGAGCCAUUUCCGAUGCGGUAACUGGGAAGGAGAGAGCGAGAAAUGGUGUUGAUCAGCAGCUUGUCUCGCCGACGGAUUCAAACCGCUCCCCAUCACGAACCGGGUCAAGCACACCCUCCGGCGGACCAAGUUUCGACCUAGACUCCUCCAACACAUCAAAGAGCACCAUCCUCUCCGCCGCCGCGCGCUCAAACCGCAAGAAGGGGAAGAAAGAAACAAGCGCCUACACGCGCGGCCUCCAGAACAUCUCCCCCAAAGAAGCGAUGGAGAACUGCGACUACAGCGGCUGGAUGAAGAAGAAGAGCACAAACAUCAUGACGACUUGGAAACCCCGUCUCUUCAUCCUCAAGGGUCGCAGGCUAUCGUACUACUACUCCGAGAACGACACAGAGGAGAAGGGACUCAUCGAUAUCUCUUUCCAUCGCGUCUUACCCGCUGAUAACGAUAGAUUGACGGGACUGCACGCUACUAUCACUGGUGCGAUAUCCGGCCCGAAUAGUCCACAGGGCGCACAAACACCCACUACCGCCGAAACGGACGCCGCAGCCGAAGCAGGGAAGGGAUUGAAAACAGAGGCGGACUCAAUGUUCAUCUUCAAACUCAUGCCCCCCCGCACUGGCCUCUCUCGCGCCGUAACCUUCACCAAGCCAACAGUUCACUACUUCGCCGUCCCUAAUAUCGCGCAGGGACGCCUCUGGAUGGCGGCCCUGAUGAAGGCGACGAUCGAUAGGGAUGAUACAACCCCGAUUACGACGACGUAUCAGCAGAAGACGAUUAGUCUUGCCAAGGCGAGGGCGAUGAGACAUAGGCCGCCGGCGUUGAUGGGGUUGGAGGAGGGGGAGGAGAGGGGCGCGGGGGAGGGGGAGGGGGGGUUGAAUAUUAGGGGGGUGGGGCUUGAGGAGGGGGAGGAGGGGGGUGAUGAGGAGGAUGGAGGGGUGGGGGUGGCGGUUGGGGGGGAGGAUAGUCCGGUUGGGGAGGAGGGGAAGAUGCCUUUGACUGCCUAGGUUGAGGUGUCUGUGGGGAGGUGGUUUGUGUGUGGCGCCAUAUGGAUCAUAUGGAUAUGGAUCAUAUGGAUGCACCACCAGACUGCGGAGGGGGGGUUGUAUGUGGGGGCUUUGAUAUGGAUGCCGAGAUCUGGGGUGAUGCAAUUUUCUCUGAUAUUUUUGCAUAAAGGGUUCAAUUAUUCUAAUUUAGAUACAUUUGGGAAAACUGGGGAGGAUGGCGGGGGGGGGUAUAUUUUUCGGACAAGAUGUUUGGGGUUUUGGGAGCCAGCUGAUACCAAUAGAUUGAGGG